AUGCCGCCACGCAAGAAGGCCAGAGGCGGCGCAAGCCAAUCCGUCUCUACACCGAACACAACGAAAAGCGACGAUGCGAUGGAUAUCGACACACCCAAAUCCGAAACGCCCAGCAAAGCUACAGCAGCGGGCAAAGGCACGACGACAGUAGACAUCCACAACGACAUGUGGACAGACGACCAACUAUCCUCCCUCUUCAAAGGCGUGAUUCGAUGGAAGCCAGCAGGAAUGCACAAACACUUCCGCAUGAUCGCAAUAUCCGAACAUCUCCGCAACCACGGCUUCGACCCCGACAUCCACCAGCACACCCGCAUCCCGCGCAUCUGGGAACGCUUACGCGCGCACUACAACCUCGACAUCAUCAACGACCGUGAGAACUUCGACGACGACGCCGCCGAGGAUAAGUACCUCGAGUUUUCACUAGGUCGACAGUUCCACGAACUCAUAGAGGAGCGGGUGCUUCGGGGUUCUUCGAGCGAGAUGUCGAGCGAGGAGAGCGUCGAGGAGGAGGAAGAAGAAGAGGAAGAAGGGACGGAGGAGCCCGAGAGCGAGAAGGAGAAGGAGAAGGAACCGCCUGCCAAGCCGGGAAGGAGGAGUAAGCGCGGUAGCGAGAGAUUGAGGUCUGGGAGGUCGAGUACUAUUGACGAUUCGGAGGAUGUGACGGAGACGGAGUCGCCUGCGCCCAAGGCGGCGAGGACGGCGAGAGGACGGGGUAGGGGUAGGGGUAGAGGUGGGAGGGGAGGACGGGUUUCGGUGUCAAAACAGGCGUCGGAGGUUGAGGAGAGCUCGGAGGAAGAGGAGGAAGAAGAGAGCGGGUCGGAGGAGGAAGAGGAGAGUGCGGAGGAGGCGACUCCGGCGAGAUCAACACGGGGUGCGAGGGGAGGGAGAGGUAGAGGGGGUUCUAGAGGGAGGGGAAGAGGGAGGGGCAGGGGGCGAAGCUAA